GCUGGUCAGUGCAGGGAGGCCCAGUGGUUAGAGCGGGCCUGCCUCUCCUCUUUCCCCUGCCUACAAUUUCAGGGAUGCAGGACUUUUAUGGAGCCGGCGGGGGGGAGAAGGGCACCCCUGUGCAGUCCCGGGGGUAUUAUCGUACAGCCCCCUUCGACCCCCGCUUCCCCAACAGCAACCAGACCCGCAACUGCUACCAGAACUACCUGGACUAUUUCCGCUGCCUGAAGGCGCUGGGGGCGAAGGGCAAGGAUACCAAGCCGUGCCAGUGGUACUACCGGGUCUACAAGUCCCUGUGCCCCAUCUCCUGGGUGAACCGCUGGGAUGAGCAGCCAGCCGGGUUCGCCGGCAGGAUCUAGACCCAGCUGCACGUGGGGCUGCUUGGCAGUGGGGGGGCAAACCCACAGGUCCCUGCCCACUCUGGCAUCCCACUCCCCGGGACCACUGGCUCCUCAGAGCCCACAAUAAACCUGUUUGUUCCAUA